AACACUUGUGGCGAUGGGUCCCGGCACGUGUCAUUGGCUUUGCCUGCCAAUGGUCGCCCACGGCAUCCAACAACAUUCUCACUAUUGUUACCCCAUGGGAAAGGCUUGACGAUGAUACUACUACGACCAUGCUGUUGGAUACCCCUGUUCCUUCUUUUACUCGGUGCUUUGUUGGCCGCAUCUCCAGGUCUUGCCCAUGAGCAUUCGGUGGAUCAUUACUGUGGGACAGACGACCCAACCUUCAACGACAUGUUGGAAAGCGAUCGAGUGGUACAAGAGUGGUUGGCAGAACAUCCCUGUGAUUUUGGUGGUGCUACCACUAGUCGAAGUUUCGAUCCACAACGGAAUCCCCACUGUCAUCCUGAUGAUACCGAUGAUUUUUAUACGUCUCGGCAAACGGUUCCCUCCAAAAUUCAAAUUCAAGUCAAAUGGCACAGCAUUGCCACAGACGACGGGUCGGGUGCCGCCACCCUCCAACAAAUCAUGGACAGUGUCCUGGCACUCAACAGAGCCUUUGCCCAUCCCACCACGGGAGGAUUUGAAUUUAUAUUCAGUAUCUUUGCCGACUAUACGUAUCACGAAAAUACCGAAUGGCAUUUUGCCCAUCGCAUGGAUUUGCGCAAUAAGCAGGCUCUGCGACAGGGAGAUUGCACCACACUCAACAUUUAUUCUACCGGAUCCUUUCGAGAUGGACCCUUUGGAUGGGGAACGAAACCAUUUAAAUGUGAUGAAGAUGAUACAGGGUGUUAUAAUCUCUGUUUGGCCAACCUACAAGAUGAUGGAGUGGUAGUACGAUGGGAUCUCUUGGCGGGAGGACCCAAUCCAGAAUACAAUGAAGGAGAUGUGCUGGUACAUGAGGUCGGACACUGGCUGGGUCUUUUCCAUACGUUUCAAAACGGUUGCGACGCUCCUGGCGAUUACAUUUUUGAUACUCCCGCCGAAGCAGAACCUGCCUGGGGUUGUGACGAGCCCCGUGACUCCUGCACGGGCAAAGACGACAAUCCUCCUGGACUGGAUCCAAUACACAACUAUAUGAACCUUUCCAACGAUCAGUGCAUGUUCGAGUUUACAGAUGGACAAUUCGCUUUCAUGUACGCUCAAUGGGAUGCCUACCGAAAGGCUGCUGGUACAAGCAUCCCCAUUACGAAUCCACCAACAGGGACACCACUGCCCACUCCACCACCAAUCACUGUUCUGCCAACACCACAACCAAUCACACUUCCACCCACGCCAGUACCAACGCUUCCACCAACGUUGCCUCCAACGACGCCUUUGCCAACUGCCACACAAACUCUUUCGCCCAUUUUGGUCAUUUCUACGCCGCGACCCACCAUGCCACCGACAACGGCGAAUCCAACGCUGCCCUCUCCACAACCCACCCAGACAACUGCCACCAGUCCUCCCACGAACGCCACCGGUACUACUACGACGAGUCCACCGUCUACCACGACGAAUGCUACCACACCGCCACCUACGCCUCCUCCGACCCUUAUCUGGACAAUGCCACCAACACCCACCGACUCUUCCGGCACAGCACUACCAACGUCACAACCUCCUACUACCAAUCCACCCUCGUUUUCCAAAACGUAUCCACCGUGGUCUCCAUCCCCCACGUUUUCCGUGACGGUAAUCAGCCAAAGCAAAGAAGCCCCACCGGCCAAAUGCGGCACCUUGGCAACCCAAAGUGGCUAUGGUGGAUCGGCGGCUCAAGCCAAAGAUUGUUCCAACAGACGGCAGUUACGUUCGUCUGCUGGAAAGGAGAAGAGCAGCGGACGUAGGAGGUUAAAGGGUAUGUGAUGAUGAAGGUUUGCAUGGAAGCAUUCCUGGCCAAGACUACGAUACAGACAGCCAAGGCCAACAGUCGCCAAAGAGUUGGGUCGCAUGUCAUCGUGGCCAUCAUUCUCGAAAAAGGCCCACUUUCGAUACGGCGGUGAUGGCCAUAGAGGGGGGAAAUUCCUGGAAACCACUCUUAGGAAAGCCAGAGCAGGAUCCUAAACCACAGGUCUCGAGCCAGACACUUGCAAAUGGAAGUUUGGACAGUUCAAUCCUCUCGCAACUCCAGCCAAAGCGCCUACUAGUAUGUGGGCAGGCUAGUUGACUGGAUGGUACUUCUACCUGGUUGAAAGCAAACUGUAAUCAUCCCGAACCACUGCUCCUUGAUGUGUUCGGUUCGGUGGCAGUGCUAUUUAAGAUCGUUGCGUGGGUGCGAGGAAGAGAGCUUGCCAAGUCAGGUAGAUGCGGUAAGCACAGUUUUCAACCAAAUCUUCAAAUAACCCUGUAUAGCCUAGCUAGACGAUUCGGCCUUCUAAUCAGUUCUGGUGGAAGCGGUACAGCGGUACGCUUAGUCGUGGAGAAAAAUGCCGUUAGAUCUGAGUGGAU